AUGGCUGAAGUCGGGACUGUAGCUUCGGCUCUCGAGGGCCUUUCGAUUGCCCACCCAGAAAUAAUUUACAUUGACGAAGACGGCGGCGUUGAUUCCACCGACAUUCCAAACUCCCAGGAGACCCCUUACAAGACUCUUCUAUUCGCAUUGUCCCUACUUCCGCCUCCAACUACCACCUUCCACACUCGCAAGUCCAAGACUGUAGUCCCACCUGCAGAGGAACCAUCGCUGGAAUACAAACCCGUCUCUCCAACCGCCCUCAAGAAAUCCAAGAAACUCCACGAGGCAGCUGUCCGAAAAGCCGCCAAAGAAGCGGCCGGUGCUGCACAGCGAGAAAAAGAAGUCGCCGAAAAGGCUGAAAAGGAAAGACUUAAGCUUGAAGCUGCUAAAGCCUUUGUCUUGAAGGAAGAUGCUAGCCUUCCUAUCGCCAAAUCUAUCAAAAUUAGGGAUUCUACCGCCCACCGCGACACCCGUGUCAAAGUUUCCGGCUGGAUUCACCGUCUCCGAGUCCAGGCACAUAUGAUCUUCAUUGUCCUACGAGACGGAACAGGGUACCUUCAGUGCAUUCUCGAAGGUGAUUUGAUCAAAACCCUCGACGCACUUCAAUUUAUCGAAGAAACCACAAUUACAAUCUACGGGACUAUCAAGACCCUACCGGAAGGCAAGACCGCACCCGGAGGUCACGAACUGACUGCGGAUUACUAUACUGUGGUUGGCAAAGCCCCAAGUGGUGACGCUGCGAUUGGCAACAUCGUCGCCCCAGAUGCGGAACAACAAAUCAAACUUGACCAACGUCAUUUAGUCCUCCGUGGUGAACAAGCCUCCGGAGUUCUUAAAGUCCGUGCUGGUGUCCUUCGUGCUUUCCGCCGAGCAUUCGAAGACCUAGGUCUUCUCGAAGUUACCCCGCCAUGCAUGGUUCAAACUCAAGUCGAGGGUGGUUCAACCCUCUUCGAGUUCAACUAUUAUGGUGAAAAGGCCUAUCUGACACAAUCCUCGCAAUUGUACCUCGAAACCUGCCUUCCUGCCCUCGGCGACGUUUUCUGCGUCCAAGAGAGCUUCAGAGCAGAACGUAGCGUUACCCGCAGACAUUUGUCCGAGUACACCCACAUCGAAGGUGAACUAGCUUUUAUUUCGUUCGAUGAUUUGCUCUCCCACCUUGAGGAACUGAUCAGUCGUGUUCUCGACUACGUUCUCGAAGAUCCUAGCUGCAAGGAUAUUAUCAAAGAGCUCAACCCCGAUUUCAAGGUACCUGAGAGACCAUUUAUGAGAAUGAAAUACGAGGAUGCGAUUAAGUGGUUGAACGAACACGACAUCAAGACAGACGAGGGUAAAGAUCAUGAAUUUGGAGACGAUAUCGCUGAAGCUGCGGAGAGGAGGAUGACCGAUAUGAUCAACCGCCCCAUCUUUUUGACACAUUUCCCAGUAGAAAUCAAAUCGUUUUACAUGAAGAGGGACGAGUCAGAUAAGAGGGUCACGGAGAGUGUAGAUGUCCUGAUGCCUGGCGUCGGCGAAAUCGUAGGAGGUUCAAUGCGCAUGGAUGAUCUUACGGAGUUGAUGGGAGGUUAUGCACGUGAGGGGAUCGAUCCUGCACCUUACUAUUGGUUUACAGACCAAAGGAAAUACGGAACUUGUCCACACGGAGGUUAUGGGUUGGGUCUAGAGAGGUAUUUGGCAUGGCUGUGCAACCGUUGGACAGUUAGGGAAUGUUGUUUGUAUCCUAGAUAUGUGGGGAGAUGUACACCAUAG